GAGACGGCACAGCUAGUGGCUGCAUCUGCACAGCUGGGAACAACUGGAUCUUGUUCACAUUCGUCCAGAGGAAGAUUCCUGGGGAAGACUCAGAGGCACUGUAUCAAUAUCUGAGUGAGCUGAAAACAGACUUGGCCAUGGGGGAUCAAGACACACUCCAAGAAGACCAGCUGGACAGGAAGAGAUUUUUGGAGGAGUUUCCUCGGAUGAAGGAGGAGAUUGAGGAGCGCAUAAAAAAGCUCCACGCACUCGCAGACAAGGCUGACAAGGUCCACAGGGAUUGCACCAUCUCCCAUGUGGCAGCCGCCUCUGCUGGCACUAUGUCUGGUGUCCUGACCAUCCUUGGCCUGACUCUAGCACCCGUGACAACGGGGGCCAGCCUGGCACUCUCCGCCACUGCGUUAGGGCUGGGAGCAGCGGCCGCUGUGACCGGUGCGUCCACCAGCAUCGUGGAACGUGUAAGCACCUUGGCAGUAGAAACCGAAGCCAGUCGCCUUACGUCAACUGCCGACAAUGAAGAGGAGGUGUUUGAGGGGGUUGUACAGGAGGUGUUUGAGGGGGUUGUACGUGACAGCGCAGCCCAGUUCGCUUCCUCUGUAGAGACAUUCUUCCAAGCCAUGCAAGACAUUGAGAACAACGUCCGUGCCAUCAAGGUGGCCAAAGGCAACCCUGGCUUAGCAGCCAGUGCUAAGCGCUUCACGACCACUGGGCGAGUCUCAGUCAAACGCGGCAAGCAGGUGCAGAAAGCUUUUGGAGGCACGGCACUGGCAAUGACCAAAGGAGCCCGGAUUAUGGGUGUGGCCGAGGCAGGUGUCUCCCUUCUGAUGGAAGUGGCCUUCCUGGUGAAAGAGGCAAAGCACUUGCAUGAGGGGGCAAAGGCGGAGUCGGCUGAAAGGCUGAAGCAGCAGGCUCGGGAACUGGAGGAGAAGUUGGAGAUGCUCACCCGCAUCUAUGAGAGUCUGCAGUAGGGCUGGACUCCGCCACGCCCCGAGCUGUGCAGGGGCCAGGGACACGUGCAGGGCCAAGGUGCAGAGGCGCCUUGUUAGAGGGAAAAAGAGAGUGAGAUAAAAAGAUAAAGGUGGGGAAGCUGGGCUGUUCUCUCUGACUCUUGUUUUGGUCUGUUGGCUGGACUAUGCCAUUUUCCUAGAGGAAGAGAAGUCCUUAAACCCUCUUGUAUUCAAAACCUGUAAUUUUCAUCCCUAAAUUCUCCCUCUUGGCUCAAGUUGAGUCACAAAACUUCAAGUAUCACUGUUCAAAAAUUA